AUGACUACAGAGUUACCAUUACCUCCAAAAUAUAAGAGGCAUAUAUCCUUUGAUAAUCUUUCGCCAUCUUUAAUUGAUGAUGAAAUUAAAAUUUUAAAACAAAAUAAUCGAUAUAUUGGUUUUAAUAAUAAAUUUUUUCAUAUUCCACCACAAUAUAAUCCUUUAUAUAAUCAAUUGAGUAAAGAUGACAUUAUUAAUGGUGAACAAUCUAGUGAUAGAAGUAAUUCUUUAAAUGAUAGACCCCCAUUAUUUGGUGAAAGUUACAGUCAACAAAUAAUUCCAAUGGUUAAUAAUAAUGAUAGUAAUGAUAAAAUGAUAGAGGUACCGUCUCUUCGAUCUCUUAAUGAAUUUUCAUUGAAACAACUUUCAAGACCUUUGUAUAAAACUUCAUCAAGUGCGAGCAGAAGUGAAUCACCCCUUGAAAGACAAUCAAUUAACACAACUACUUCAAAAUUAAAUUUUGGAAAAUUACCUCCACCACCAGAUAAAUCAAUCCUGAAAAAGACAAAUAGAGCAGUUGAUGAACAAGGAAAUAUUGAUGAUAUAGAUAUUGGAGAUAUGACUACAACGGAAUCAAAGACAAUGACUAAACUUACAAAUAAUAAUACUCAAUUAAAUUCAGGUUCAAAAGCUGGUUAUACACAAUCUUUAUUUUCAAAUCUUAAUGAAGUGGAAGAUAGAAUUCAAAAUAAAAAUCGUAGUCUAGGAGAUCUUAAUGAUGAAAAUUCGGGUUCAUUGAUAAGAGAUCAUAGAAGAAAAUCUUUUGCUAAUAUGACAGAUGCUGAAUUAGCUGCUUUAGAAAAUUCAUAUAUUAGUCUGGGUAGAUCAACAGAAUCUACUAUGGAUCAAUUUGAUUUUGGCAAGCAAAAUCCAGUUUUUUUUGAUAAUAAAAAAGCCAGUUCAAUAAAAAUUCCAAAUACUGUAUUAGAUUCAUUAGCGUGUGUCUAUCCGUCAAGGCCAUCAGUUGAUCAUAAAGCAUUAUCAUUAACAAUGGAAAAUGAACAUUUUCAAGAUUGCGUUAAUUCAUUGCAUAAAAAAUUAAAUAAUAAAUAUAAAGAUGAAAAUGGUUCCCUAAGAGUUGUGUCGUGUUACAUCUCUGGGAGACGAUUCACUUGGUCUACAGUUGAUUGGUAUAUUGAGAAUUUCGUUAGAGAUGGUGAUCAUUUAGUUAUUAUUACAUGUAUUCCAGAUUUUAAACAUAAUGUUGAUUUGAAAGUUCAACAUGAUAAAGUUCAAAAGAAGAAAAAAGAAUUAUUAAGCAUUCAUGAAAAGACUAUUAAACAAACAAAAUCACAUAGUACAAAAAGUGGGAAAGAAGAAGAAAGACCAUUAACAAAGGGAAUACUUUUAGAAGGUGUUUAUGAGGAAGCAAAAAUUGUUGGUAAAAAUCUUUUAGAGUAUUAUGCGGCAAGAUUAUCUCAUAAAAAAAUCAAAAUUACUAUUGAAAUGGUUAAAGAUGAUUCAACAAAAUCAGCUUUAACAAAAGUCGCUGCUCUUUAUAAACCAAGUGUUCAUAUUGUAGCAACGGUGAGUGCUAAUAUUCAAAUAAAAUUUAGAAAUGGGAAUGUCAAGUUACCUUUCUUUGUAAUGAAGCAUUAUACAAUCCCAGUAAUUGUAGUACCUUUUGAGUUUAUUGAUAGAAAUUUAUUAAUUGAAGGUGCUUCACAUGAGAAAUCAACUGUAACGAAGGAUAAAAGGUUGGAUGUACUAGAUAAUAUUAUUCACAAAACAUUACAUAAUCCAUUUUUACAUGAAGAAGAAUUCCAUCAUGAUAAUUAUAAUUUGACUUCAAGUGAUGAUGAAGAAUCGGUAGCUUCCGUCAAUGAAUAUUUCCCAAUUUCUACCGAACAACAAAGAAAGAUUAACUUAUUUGAACAAUUAGGUUAUAUUUUCCCAUUAUCAACAAGAGAAAAAUUAUUACAAACAAAUGAUGUAGUAUAUGAUCAGGAUGGUAAAAAAUUGACUCCAACAACCUCAAGAAAUUCAAGAAGAAGUUCAAGAGUUCAAUUCCAGGAAUCUGGUCUAUAUAAAGUAAAAUCAAUGAUAGAUGGUGUUUUAUCACCAGAUGAAGUUCAGGCUAGUAAUAAUGCUAUUAAUAAUAGUAAUUCAUUAAGACCAACCUUUAGCGCAUCUCAGACAAUUAGAAAGACUAAAUCUGUUGCACAACCUUCUUCUAGCAUACGUAAAUCUCACCAUCAUCAUCGCCAUAAUAGUGGAAAUUCGAAAUUUUCAGGUGGUGCCAGUGGUGAAAAACCUCGUAUUAAUCAUUUGUCUAGUAGUUCCAGUCGCGACAGUUCAUCAAAGUCUAAGAUAAAGACAAAAGUAAAAUCGUCAUCAUCAUCAGCAUCAGGCUCUUCGAAAAAUAAAAAAUCAGGGAUUGGUUCAAUAUUCAAGAAAUUUUUUUAG